AAACAUGGCCGCGCCCAGCGACGCAGCGAUGAGUCAGAACAGUCCAAUUCAUUUUGUGAACAAAAUAUACUGAAUGGGGAAGAUUAGACUUUGUCCAUAAAUAUGUCGUUUAAAAGAGAGGGAGAUGACCAAAGUCAGCUAAAUUUGCUGAAAAAACGCCGCGUAUCUGACCUUCUGGCCGAUGAUGUACCGGAGGAUGAAGCAUUCCUGAUGAGUAAUGGAAGGUAUGCCUGCACAGUUUGUCACCAUCGGCCUGUGUUGGACACGAUAGCCAUGCUAUUAGUGCAUCGACAAGGCAAGAAGCAUCAGAGUUAUGUGAAGAGUUACUAUGCGAAGAAACAACAUCUGAUGAAAGAAGUCGAGAAGAGGAAACAGCAUCUGUACCUGAUGAAUCAAGAACAAAACAAUUCUUCACUGGAAGAGGUUGAAGAUGUUGCACCACUUUUGACGAAGACCAGGAAAGCUACCCAUCAUGCAUUGCUGAAAGCAGCUCCUUACAAAGGCUACGGCGGACCAAGCAGAAAACAAGAGAGCAGCAGUCACAGUUUUCAGGGCAAGACGACAGGGUCAUUUUUCCAAAGAGUGUCACAGAAUUCUUUCCGAGAAGAUUCAUCAUGUCUGGGACCAGCCACUUCUGCAACCCACGUCGGUAAUCUACCAGGGAAUAGGAUUCACUCCUCCAUCAGCCAAUCAGAGAUGACAGCAGAUUGCCCCUCUUCCAAUGAUACAAAGGGUCGGGAUAAGACAAGCAAUGCCAUUGGACACACAGAUGAUGUUUCGGAUGGAGACUCACUGAGUAAAUUAAGCGAUCAAAAUGGGCCGCCAGAACCUUUGACAGUUACCGAAAAGAGAUGCCUGACGUUGUUUCAGUUGAAGCCCUACAUCCCAAAAUGUCAGAGAAACAAGGGGCUAGUACAUGAGGCACAUGUAGACUCCGAAUCAGUCACAAUCUCAACCACCCAGAGUGACAAUCAGUUAAACACAAAGAUGUCAUUAACUUCUGAACACGAGUCUAGAACUGCCAAACCGCCACCAGCUUUGCAAUCUUGUACAUCUGGAAAGGAGACCGCUAGUGGCGCUAGAGCUUCGGGCAAUAUCAAAUGUGACCCAGGCACAAAACAAACCCAUCCGAUUCCUAGCAAAGACUUAAAGAGCUCUCAAAAGAUCUCGAAAUCAGCAACCAGGUCCAAGAAUUCCAGCGGCGUCAGCGAAGACACCAGCAGAAUGGACAGGGAGAAAUACCUCAAGCUCACAAGUUCAGGUUGGAAGACAGACUGGAAGGGAGGCUGGGUGCAAGACCAAGAUGUGGAGUUUGAUUCCGAUGAAGACGUACCCAAAUAGAUGAUUCAAUUUCAUAAAUUAUUCUUUAGCAAACUUGACCGAGAUUGUUAAAAAAAAAUUCAAAGUUGUAGGAAAAAAAGAUUGUUCAAAAAAAAAAGGCAAUAUGUGGAUUUUGACAUAUAUGUACUUGGAGGAAGGAGGGUUUUAGCUUAAACUUAUAGAUACAUGCCUUAUUGUAGAAAAUGUCUUUAUUUGCUGAAAAAUGCCAUUAAUUUGGCGAGGCAUUCUUGGAACAAAUAAGCUUCCACAAAUAUCACUUGCCAUUUAAAACAUCAGUUAAAUCAUGUUGCUUGUAACAGUUGAAGUCACUGUAAAAUUGACUUUAUAAUGGUUGAUGUCACAUUUAUGGUAUACGUUGAUAGAAAUAAAGUGAAGCACAAACAUUCAGACA